AUGGCGGCCACCGCGAUGGACCACGACGGCGGCGGCGACGUGGUCACACCAGGGGAGCUCCUCGGCAACUCGUUAACCCUCGCGGCCGGACGCGGCGCCUACGCCGACGGCCGCUCCGUGCGCGCGUCGGUCACCGGGCGCCGCCGCAUCGUGCCGCCCGCACCUGGCUCCGACGACCAGAGAUCCACGGUGGAGGUGGUGGGGCACAAGGCCCAUGGAGCUGUGCCGCAGCCGGGAAGCGUUGUCAUCGCCCGAGUGACAAAGGUUAUGGCUAGAAUGGCCUCUGCAGAUAUCAUGUGUGUCGACUCAAAGGCUAUCAAAGAAAAGUUCACUGGCAUGAUAAGGCAGCAAGAUGUUCGUGCAACAGAAAUUGACAAGGUGGAUAUGUACCAGUCAUAUCGGCCUGGGGACAUUGUUAAAGCUAAGGUUCUUUCCCUUGGUGAUGCAAGGGCAUAUUACCUUUCCACGGCGAAGAAUGAACUUGGAGUCGUUUCAGCACAAAGUAUAGCUGGUGGUACAUUGGUCCCAAUCAGCUGGACUGAGAUGCAAUGUGACUUGACUGGUCAAAUUGAGCAAAGGAAAGUUGCGAAGGUGGAAUAG